AUGGCCAAGAGGUACAUUGGGAACGACGAUCUGAGAAAACACAACAAACCUGGAGAUCUAUGGAUCGCGAUUCAAGGCAAGGUCUACGACGUUUCCGAUUGGAUAAAGUCUCAUCCCGGAGGCGACACGGUGAUUCUGAAACUCGUUGGUCAAGAUCUCACUGAUGCGUUCAUCGCAUCCCAUCCCGAAACCGCCUGGCACCACCUGGAUAAUCUCUUCACCGGCUACCACAUCAGAGACUCCGAAGUAUCCGAGCUCUCCCGCGAUUACCGCUGCAUGGCCGCCGAGUUUCGAAAACUCGGACUCUUCGAAACCAAAGGCCACGUCACCCUCUACGCCCUAUCCUUCAUCGCCGCCAUGUUCGCCGGCGUCCUCUACGGUGUUUUGGCCUGUACCUCCGUUUUCGCCCACCAAACCGCCGCCGUUCUCCUCGGUCUCCUCUGGAUCCUGGGCGCUUACAUAGGCCACGAUUCAAUCCAUUACGUCAUCAUGACGAACAAAUCGUGCAACAGAUUCGUUCAGCUACUCGUCGAAAACUGCCUCACCGGAUUCUCCAUCGCGUGGUUGAAAUGGACUCACAGGUCUCAUCACACCGCCUGUGGCAGCCUCGAUCACGAUCCAGAUCUGCAACACCUCCCUGUUUUCGCCGUCUCCACCAAACUCCACCACCGCAAACUCACGUCCGAUCCAGUCACUCGAUUCUUGAUCAGCUACCAACACUUUACUUACUACCCAGUCAUGUGCUUAGGCAGAAUCAAUCUCUUCAUCCAUACAUUCCUUUUGCUCUUCUCCAAGCACCAAGUCACUGAUCGUGCCCUAAACCUUGUCGGAAUCUUAGUCUUCUGGACAUGGUUCCCACUCUUGGUCUCUUGUCUACCAAGCUGGCCAGAAAGAUUCUUCUUCGUCUUCACAAGCUUCACCGUCACGGCGCUUCAACACAUCCAGUUCACACUUAACCAUUUCGCUGCCGAUGUCUACGUGGUCCACCCAAGGGCAACAACUGGUGCGAGAAGCAAGCAGGAGGAACGAUAA